AUGGAGUUCCCCGUGCUGAUCCCCGAUGACUUUGCCGCGGCGCAGUUGCCGCAGCUCGCAGAGCUGCUGCGCAUGCAGGUGCAGGAUGUCUCUCCCGCCUUGUUGCAGCACAUGUGGGAAAUCCUCGCAGGGGGUGUUGCCCCGCAUAAGGAAACGACCAUCGACUCCACAGCUGUAGAGAGUCUCCGUGACUUUGUUGAGGCAAUCGUCGAGCCGCUUCACACGCAGGAGAGUUUCUGCAGCGCUAGACCCCUGAUGGAACGCUUUGUAGACGCCUUUGUAACCCGCGCUUGCAGCAGCAGCAGCUGCAACGCCUCCGCCAUGAGUGAUGACGGUAACAGAGCAGGAGAGCCUCAGUCCUUUCUGCUCUCUCAGAAUCGCAGGGAAACAGUUGCGUUUUCACAGCCCACCUUCCUUGGGGAUGCUGACGCAGCUGAGAGAUCUUUCGGGGGAGAGAAGCCUGUGGCUGCUUCUGCUAGGAGCACUGGGGGUGCAAAAUCAGCGAGCGGCGGAGAUGGCAGCAGCAGCAGCAGCUGCAGCAGAAGCGGUGUGGGGAGCUCUCAUGCAGAAAGACACAGCGAAAAGCAGCGUCAAGCACCUCCUCAGAGACAGCGGCCGCAGAUGCAGCAGCCGAAGAAGGGAAUAUAUCCCCAGCAGCAAGAAAAAAAACAGCUUCUGCCGAGCAAUCCGUCAACUCAAACGCACCGACCACAGGAGAUGCCCGUCCAGUACCCUGCACAUGCGCCACAGAAUUCAGUACCGCCCUUAAACCACCAUCUGCAGAAGACGCAGAAGCAGCAGCAACAGAAGCAACAACAGAAGCAAGAGAAGCAAUUGCUGCUGCCGCAAAAGGGGAGAACACAAGACAGCAUGCCACCUUCUGCGGAGGAGUUGCUUGAGGACGUGGGCUGGGCAGAGGCACCCCCCCCAAGAAAGCGGGUGCCUCGCAAGCAGCAGCAAGUGUUGCAGCGAUUCGGAGUUGCUGUUGUAUCUGCAGCGCCAAGCAGUUGCACUUCGAGCAGCAGCAGCAGCCGCUCUCAGACGGAGCAUGCAGGCAGGCAGAAGGCAGGGAAGCUAGAAGCCUCUCUCCCCGCAGCCAAAGCAGCUACUGCCCACUGCCUGUGCCUUGGCGUGGAUCAUGGAGUGUAUGGCGUGUGCUUGAGCUGCGGCUUGAUUCGCUGCCACUACGACAUCAGCAGCAGUGGAGAGUCUGUGCAGCAUGCCCCUCGGUGUUUGUUUUGCGGCAACGACAUUGUGCCUAGUAGAGGUCUCACCGCGCUUUCUGCUGCCGUGAACAAGCAGCUGAUCGAAAGCAGGAGUGAACUCGCACUGCUGCAGGAAGAGGUUCAGCAGCAACAGGCUCACCAGCAGAAGCUGCAGACGCAGCAGCCAACGGAGGCGAUCCAGGAGCGCCUGAGACGGCUGCAGCAACAGAUUGCCGCUGAUGAGGCUCACCUUAAAGCCUUGCGGCUGCACCGCCGACUAGUGGUGUGCGACUCGCAGUCACAACAACAAACAAAAAUUUUGGAUCUGAGCAGCUGCUGGUUCGACGCAUCUGCCGGAGCCAGAGCGGAAUCAUCUCGCGCAGACGUGUGGCUGUCUCCAGCACGGCGAGAAGAGAGGGCCGCCUUGCUUCAGCGUCUUACGAAUGCGUUCAACGCAGAAAAAGGCCGUGCGAAGCUCACGUUCGACUUUGAGGGGCGUCGCGUGGUUGCGGAGUCUUCGACUUUGCCAGAGGAAGCCGAGGCGUUGCUGAGAGCCUUUGACGAGCAGUGCCAGGAGGAGAAUAUGCAGGCGCAGCAGCAGCAGGAUGCGCGGCAGUCGCUCGCAAAAGAGGAGAGAGACCUCGCGGAAAGGAGCCCCAAGAGAAGCCCACGAUCGACUCCUGCAACUCGCGUGCGGCAGCGCAUGCAAGAGCAACGAUGGCCAAAGCUGGAGGCGGGAAUGCAGCAGCAGCAAGAGGCUUCUGCUACUGCAUGGCCCUCUCUUGACGCUGACAGGCAGCCGCAGCCGCAGCGGGAAGGGAUGGAUGACACCCCACUCGUGAGGCUUACGCCUGUCGAGCAGUUGCAAGAAGCCUGGAACGCCAUGGUUGAGAGAGAGACAGCUGCAGCAGACGAGGAGCAGUCGCAGCUGGCAGCAGGAGAAGACUCCUCGCUGCAGCUCCUCGCUGACACGUCCCUUAGGGGCUUUGCACGCCUCUUGCUCAAAGACGUCUACGCAAUCGCACGACCGCAGAAGCGCGCAUCCAAGUCAGCGGCAGCAGCAACACGGCCAGGUGGAAAAACAGCAGUAGUAGGAGUUCGAGCCGUUUCGAGCUCAUCAGAGGCAGAAAAAGCGGCGAAGACACCGCCGAUCGCGAAGGAUGGCAACAGAAAGGCAGGAGCUCAAGAGGCAGCAGGAGCAGCAUCACCUAAUGCGGCAGACGCAGCAGCAUCUUCUGCUGACGUCGAGGAGGAAGGCGCACUUCGUGGGCGCUGGCGUGCAGAGUUGUCUGUGCAGCAGCAGACACUGCUUCAACGACUGAGGGAGGCUCAGCAGCAGCGCGAAGGCUGCGAGUCGGCAGAUGCACCUGCGGUAUGGGGAAUGCAGCACUUAGAGAAGCCUCAACAGUGGUCGGCGUAUAAGGGGGGAAAUCUCGGUGACAGAGUCUUUCGUGUGGGGGGCCCCCGAAGCGAAGGUUCUGCCUUUGGCGUUGCCUGGGGGCCCCCCCUGGAGGACGAUGAGGCAGCUGCGGAUGCGGAGACAGCCGAAGAGCACUUGUGGAUAAGCCUGAGCACCGCUGCAGACGGCUUUGGCGUCGAGCAGCAGGCAGCGGAAGAUGCAGAGGACGCUGGAGUUUGCCUCACCGUGAGCCAGCCGCAUGCCUCCCUGAUUGUGAGCGGCUUUGUCACCAAAGAAGUCAGGAGUUGGCUUUCUGCAUACCGCGGCAGGCUGUGGAUUCAUGCGGCGGAAGCAGCUCCAAGCGGCGCUGCUGUUUCUGCCGCUGAGGCUCAAUGCGAGCGCGAGGCUUUGCAGGCUGUCUCAGCUGUCUCCUCUACGAAAGAGGGUUCCGAGAGCGAAGCCUUCCUUUUCUGCUUUGAGCGGCCUCAACUCUUGCGCGUACCCCUGAAGGUUAGAGGAGGAGAACGCUUCUGGUGUCUGCCUAAGAGCCUCCUUGGCACCCUCCAGGCCUCUUUGCUGCCUCCGCGCUGGCCAGCCUUCUUGAAUCCGUGUUAA